AUGUCUUGUUCCUCUGACGCACCCGCCUCUGCAGCGCCCACACCCGAACCUGUUAUGCCAACGUUUGCCAAGACUCCGCUACCCGAUUUUACCAAGUCCAACCCGCUUGGUGACGCCAACAGGUACAUCUCGACCGCUGCAUGCCUGAUCAUCGGCGACGAGGUGCUCAACGGCAAGACCAAGGACUCGAAUAGCAACUACUUUGCCAAAUUCUGCUUCGACCUCGGCAUCGAUCUGAAACGAAUCGAGGUGAUUCCGGACGACGAAGAUGUAAUCGUUGAAGCGGCGAAGCGUCUCACUUGUCAGUUUGACUUUGUGGUUUCCUCGGGUGGCAUCGGGCCUACGCCGGAUGACAUUACGUAUUCGUCGAUGGCCAAAGCGUUUUCACCAGAUGCGAAAUUGGUGUAUGACGAAGAAGUGAUUCGACGCAUGGCGGAGAACCUGAAAGCACGCCAGGUAAGUACGCAGGGUAUUACGCAAGACAUGAUCACUGCGCGCAAACGCAUGGCGCUGUUGCCUGCGCAAAACGCACAAGUGAUCUUCCCCACCGAACAGCUCUGGGUCCCCGUGGUGAGAAUGGUUGGAAAACUCUGCAUUCUCCCCGGAGUCCCGCGCCUAUUCGAAGCGCUCCUCGACGGUCUAGAACCCUACCUCCCUCUCGACCCGAACCGUCCACGUCCCUACCGUGUCCUCAUCCACACCAGAUUGCCCGAAAGCAACAUCUCCCCCUUCCUCGUCCACUUGACCGAAAAGUGCAAACCGCUCGCCAUCAAAGUCGGCAGCUACCCAAAAUGGAACAACGGCGUAGAUGUCAGUCUAAUCGGAAACGAUUGGCCCGCCUUGCAACAGCUCAUUCCUGACGUCGAGAACGCCGUCCAGGGAAAACUCAUCGAGAGCGGCCAGCUCGGCAAGACACGUUCCGCCACCGAACACCAAAAUCAGCAGCAGCACAAGAUUUGA